AUGCAUGGAACAUCGCCACUACAGACGCAAGGAGAAUUCCCAUCCUCCCAAAGAAUGCUGGACCGACUCAGAAAGAUGGGAAAAUCCAAGUCUCCUCGCUCAGAGCCAGUUGUCGAAUCUACGACCUCAUCACGCAAGACGUUUUUCGACCUGCCAGCGGAGUUGCGGAACACGAUCUAUGAAUUGGUCGCCGACUGUACUUUGCGUCUCGCUCCAAGGCCGAACACGCCUCCUGUGGUUCCUGGCCUGAUCCUAACCUCGCGAAAAUGUCGCAGCGAAUACAUGUCCAUCCUGCUCGCCACAGCCAGGAUAGAGGCUAGCAUCACGGACAUGAACUUCGACAAAUUGAUUCUGAUCUUAAGCAGCCUCGAUCAGACUUCGCGCAAGGCAUUGAUCAGCAACAAACAUCUCCUCAUCGUCUUGCGUGUGCGGAAAUGCGGAAGCGACGUGUACGCCAACCUUCGAAAGUGGUGUGAGGAGUCUCAAAGAUUAUUCCAGAAUGACGAAAGUGCGCCUGAUUGGCACUAUGUCAUGGAGGAGAAGGUGCCAGCGAAUGCAGCACAGCUGGAUUGGUAUUGUGGGCGGGUUCGUGUUCUGGAGCAGCGUGUUCCGGCAGAGAUGGAGAAUGUUAGAGCCGAAGCGAGGAAGAUCCUGAAGGUCCUGGAGGACGAGCGAACAGGGGUUUCGGGGACGGCAAGCUGGAGUAUGGGGUAUGGAGAUGCGUUCGCGAUAUAUGCUGCAACUUCAGCGAGGAGGACGUAG